AUGUAUCGAUCAGAGGUGCAUCUAAAUCCAAGUAAUCUAGUCAAUAACGUUACCAAUGCAUCUAUGGAAGUUAAUGUCACCAAGGUAUCCGGAAUUAAAAGGCACAGAGAUGUCAGUGAAGGUCCACCGUUGAAAAAGGCAUACAAUGGUUUGGGGUUUACGAUAAGUCUGCAGGCUUUGACCCGAGCAGCAGAAUUAAUAACUUCCGGAUCAAAAUCUCCUGUCUCGGCUCUGAACGAACUCGGUGUCAAGGUGGCUUACAACUUGCUGGACUAUAGGGGCCCAGCGCACUGUCCAAGUUUCACUAUUUCUGUAACAGUAGCAAAUCAAACAUUCAAAGGUCACGGCACUAGCAAAAGAGAUGCGCGCGCGCAGGCGGCCAGAAAUUGCAUCGAGUCGUUGCUGGCGACGGCUGGACAAGUUCUGCCAGAUAAGAAUCAGCAGGAUUUCAGUAGCGAUCUAGAUGCGCUUGCGCCGAGUACGCAAUUCCAAAAUACGCCAUCUUUUGCCAACGGGAUACAAAAGGAGUUGUCCAGCGCGAAGACUACUCUAACAGAAAUUAGAACAUCUCCGCCAUUACCCGUUGAAACUUUGUCUCCCUUCACGCCAACACAAGCCCUACCCACCGCCAACAAAAGCCCUAUUAAUGUCUUGUAUGAGAGCUUCCCUGGUGUCACAUUUCAUACCACUUUUGGGGACGGUACACCAAUAGAGACGGAAAAUGCAUGCCUAUCGCUACAUCACAGCAUGCGCUUCAAGACUGUAUGCACCGUUAAUGAUAAGUGUUUCGAAGGAUAUGGUUCUAGUAAAAAGCAAGCCAAGUUGGCUGCGUCAAGGUCAGCUAUCGCCAGCUUGAUGUGUAUGGUACCAGCUUCUGACGUGGAGAACUGCGUGUCUACUUCACUACCGCAGCAUUUAGCCGACCACGUGUCUAAAUUGGUCACUGAGAAGUUCAAUGAACUGAUGCGCAACGACCCGGUACACUUGAAGCGAAAAGUGCUGGCUGGAAUCGUAAUGACGGUGGACAAUCAAACAGAAAAGUCAAAGAUCAUAGCCGUGUCCACGGGUACGAAGUGCGUGUCCGGUGAAUACAUGUCGGUGACUGGGCGAGCUGUCAACGACUGUCAUGCUGAGGUGGUGGCGCGGCGCUGUUUGCAGCGGUACUUAUAUCAUCAGUUAUUGAUGUACGCACAAUCUGAGAAUCCACGUAAGCCGAUAGAAGAUUCAGAUCUAACUCCAUUACCUGAAGGCGGUUACAAGCUGAAGGAGAAUAGACAAAUCCACUUGUAUAUAAGCACGGCACCCUGCGGAGACGGACGCAUUUUUAGUCCGCACGAGACGAAGGCGGAGCCGGACAGACAUCCAAACAGAUUCUCCCGAGGUCAACUCCGGAGCAAGAUAGAGUCUGGCGAAGGCACGAUACCUGUGAAGAGGUCCGCGUUCAUACAAACAUGGGACGGUGUGUUACAGGGCGAACGCCUAUUGACGAUGUCGUGUUCGGACAAGUUGGCUCGCUGGUGUGUCACCGGGGUGCAAGGUGCUCUGCUCUCGCGCAUACUAAAGCCGGUCUACCUAACUUCGGUCGUCCUUGGCUCGUUGCUACACCCGGGACAUAUGUAUAGGUGA